AUGAGACUUAGUGUUUUUUUUGCCGAUGGUGAAGAAUGGUACAAGCUACGAAGCGUCCUGAGCAAAAGAAUGCUUCGACCGAAAGAAGUCGCCGACUAUACUCCGGAUUUCAAUAAAAUUAUGAGCGAUUUUAUUCACCGAUGACGAUCAGUUCGAGAACCUAGUGGGUCAGAGAAAGAAAACGAAGUUUGUGAACUUGAUAAUGAACUUUUCAAAUGGUCGUUUGAGUCUGUGGCGGAGAUGUUGUUUGACAAAAGGUUUGGUUGUCUUGAAGAGGAAAUCAACAGAGAGGCACAGACCUUCAUAAAAGCCGUCGGAGAUUUUCUGGCGAACGCGGUCGAAGUCGGUUUUUUGCCUACUUGGUUUUACAAGACCUACGUGACCCAGAAAUUUAAAAAUUUUGUCGAUAAUUUUGACACGAUGUAUUAUUACGCCGAAUUAUUUAUCGAGAGAAGAAUCAACGAACUGGCGGAGAAUUCAUGCAAGCCAUCAGAGGAAACAGAGCGCGACCGAGCCGGCUUCUUCGAGUUCCUCCUGGCCAGCGGAAAGUUCAUGAAGGAUGACCUGUUGGCGAGCGUAAUCGAUGUUCUGUUCGCCGGAGUUGACACUACGUCCAACACGAUGCAAUGGGUUCUUUAUAUGUUGGCCAAAAAUAGGAAUGAAAUAGGGCUUGUAGGGAUGAAAGCCGAGCAAGACCCUGUUGCCGAGUUUUUAGUCGCAGCCAGCCCAGCAGAACACAACUACCUGAAGGCCUGGUUACGUGAGACCCUCCGCCUAUAUCCUGUUCUCUCCUCUAUCCCGCGAAAACCGAAAGAAGACAUAAUAUUAGGGGGCUACCAUAUCCCUGGGGUCACUGCUCAAGUGGAAUUCCUUGUUCACCAGAUAGGGCGAGAUGAGAGUAUUUUUGAAGAUGCUGUUUAAACCAGAGAGAUGAUUGCAAAACAAAGUGGACUUAAGACAAAGAAGUCAUUAUCAUCUUAUUUCGCUUCUCUUCCAUUUGGAUUCGGAACAAGAAUGUGCCUCGGUCGACGUAUUGCCGAGUUAGAGCUCCAUUUGCUGAUGGCCAGAAUCGUGCAGCAGUUUGACUUCUCUUACCCACCGGAGGUAGAGAAUGUGGAGCCGUUCAUGAGAGGGGUCACCAUUCCCGACAGACCUGUUAGAGUGCGGUUUGUCGACAGAAAAUCAGUUAGGUUUUCAUGUUGCCACGUUUAA